AAAACAGAAACAUCUUAACACUUAGUUUUCUUAAUUUAGAUUUUCUGGAUGGAACAUCAUUUAGAUGAAAUAUGACGGCUGUCCAUACAUUUCCACGCAGUUCAGUCCAAAUGCAAAUAUCAAAGUCAUCUGAAGUUGUGUGUCAUUGAGGAGUGACCGGUCAAUGGAUCCUUCACAUAACUUCAGUGGACAAACUGAUCUUUGAUUUAGUGCACAGACCGAACCUGCCUGAACCCAGCUGUGUGUCCAUGAAGAGAGACUGGUCAAUGGAUCCUCCACGUAACUUUAAUGAACACACUGAUCUUGGAUUUAGUUUGGUCCAGAUGCAAAGACCAAAGUUAUCUAAUCCCAGCUGUGUGCCCAUGAGGAGUGUCUGGUCAGUGGAUCCACCACAUAACUUAAGUGGACACAAAGAUCCUAUGUUUAGUCAAUUUACUUCAAUGUACAGCAUGGACCCACCAGAACCCAGCUGUGUGUCCAUGAAGAGUGACUGGUCAAUGGAACCUCUACGUAACUUUAGUGGACACACUGUAACAUCAUCCAAUAAGGCCGAUCGUUACAACACUAAUCUUGGGUUUAGCACGGACCCACCAGAACCCAGCUGUGUGUCCAUGAAGAGUGACUGGUUAAUGGAACCUCCACGUAACUUUAGUGGACACACUGUAACAUCAUCCGAUAAGGCCGAUCGUUACAACACUAAUCUUGGGUUUAGCUCGGACAUGCCAGAACCCAGCUGUGUGUCCAUGAAGAGUGACUGGUCGAUGGAACCUCCACGUAACUUUAGUGGACACACUGAAUUUGGGUUUAGACCAUACCUGCCAGCAUCCAGCUGUGUGUCCAGGAGGAGUGACAAGUCAAUGGAUCCUUCACUUAACUUUAGUGGAUAUACUGAUCUUUGGUUUAGCAAUGACCCUCAACAUGCCAAAGUCCUCAAGACAUUUAGAUCUAAUCUGAAGAAGAAGUUUCAGUGUCUGUAUGAGGGAACAGCAAAGCAAGGAAACCCUACAUUGCUGAAUGAGAUCUACACAGAGCUCUACAUCACAGAGAGUGAGAGUGGAGAGAUCAAUAAUGAGCAUGAGGCGAGACAGAUUGAAACACAAUACAGGAGAGCAUCAACAGAGGACACACCAAUCAAAUGCAAAGACACCUUUAGGCCUUUACCUGGACAAGACAAACCCAUCAGAACUGUGCUGACAAAGGGAGUCGCUGGCAUUGGAAAAACAGUCUCUGUGCAGAAGUUCAUCCUGGACUGGGCUGAAGGGAAAGAGAAUCAGGACGUCCAGCUCAUAUUUCCCCUUCCUUUCAGAGAGCUCAACUUGAUGAAGGACAAAAAACUCAGUCUUUCAGAUCUUCUUUACAUCUUUUUUCCUGAUACCAAAGAAAUGGAAAUCUCCAGUGACAAAUAUAAAGUGUUGUUCAUCUUUGAUGGUCUGGAUGAGUGUCGUCUGUCUCUGGAUUUUCAGUGCAUUGUGAGGUUGUGUGAUGUCCGUGAAUCAGCCUCAGUGGACGUGCUGCUGAUGAACCUCAUUGCAGGGAAUCUGCUUCCCUCUGCUCUCAUCUGGAUCACCUCCAGACCAACAGCAGCUGAUCUCGUCCCCUCUGAGUGUGUCCAUCGAGUGACAGAGGUACGAGGCUUCAAUGAGCCACAGAAGGAGGAAUACUUCAGGAAGAGAAUCAGUGAUCAGAGUCUGGCCAACACAAUCAUCUCACACCUAAAGUCAUCAAGGAGCCUCCACAUCAUGUGCCACAUCCCAGUGUUUUGCUGGAUCUCAGCCACUGUUUUAGAGAAGAUGUUGAGUGAAACAGAGAGUGGAGAGAUUCCCAAGACUCUCACUCAAAUGUACACACACUUCCUGAUCAUUCAGACCAACAUUAAACAUGAGAAGGACUAUGAAAAGAACGUGAAGGAUGAGGACAUGAUUCUCAAACUGGGGAAGCUGGCUUUUCAGCAGCUUGUGAAAGGCAACCUGAUCUUCUAUGAGGAAGACCUGAGCGAGUGUGGCAUUGAUGAGACAGAAGCAUCAGUGUACUCGGGGUUGUGCACUCAGAUCUUCAGAGAGGAGUUUGGCUUGCAUCAGGGGAAAGUCUUCUGCUUUGUUCAUCUGAGCGUCCAGGAGCAUCUAGCAGCUCUAUAUGUGCUGCUUUCAUUCCUGUUGAACAAGAGGGAUGUGCUCAAUGAAAUCGUCAGCUCAAAACAUGCACACAAGUUCACAUGUCACACAAUCUCUGACCUGCAUCAGAGAGCUGUGGACAAGGCUUUACAGAGGAGGAAUGGACAUCUGGACCUUUUCCUCCGAUUUCUUCUGGGUCUCUCUUUAGAGUCCAAUCAGCUGCUCCUGAAAGUCCUCAUGACACAUGUUGGAAACAUCUCGUACAGCAAAGAGGAAACGAUUGAGUACAUUAAAACAAGAAUAAAAAUGAAUCCAUCACCGGAGAAAUCCAUCAAUCUGUUCCAUUGUUUAAAUGAACUGGGUGAUCAUUCUCUGGUGAAUGAAGUCCAAGAGUGUCUCAGAUCUGGAGGUCUUUCAAGCACCCGAUUGUCCUCAUCACAGUGGUCAGCUGUUGUAUUUGUUUUAUUAACCUCCAAGCAUUUGGACGAGUUUCAUUUGGGUAAAUACAUAAGCAGCAAGCAAAGUCAAGAUCACAUGACACCAGAUGAAGUACUUCUGAAGCUCUUGCCGGUAGUUAAAGCCUCCAGAUCAGCUCAGUUGAGUAAUUGUGGCGUCACAGCUGAAGGUUGUGCUGCUCUGGCUUCAGCACUGAGAUCAAACCCCUCACGCCUCAGAGAAAUAGAUCUGUCUAAAAAUAAACUACAAGACUCAGGAUUGAAUCUGCUCUCUGAUGGAAUGAAAGAUCCCCACUGUAAACUGGAGAAAUUGAUGUUGAGUCAUUGUGGCGUCGCAGAUGAAGGUUCUGCUGCUCUGGCUUCAGCUCUGAAAUCAAACUCCUCACACCUGAGAGAACUGGAUCUGACAUGGAAUAAUCUACAAAAUGCAGGUUUGACACUUCUUGCUGCUGGACUGAAGGAUCCUCACUGUAAACUGGAGAAACUGACGAUAAGUUAUUGUGAUAUCACACAUGAAGGUUGUGCUGCUCUGGCUUCAGCUCUGAGAUCAAACCUGAGAGAACUAGAUCUGACUGGGAAUAAUCUAGGAGAAGGAGGUCUGACGCUGCUCUCUGAUGGACUGAAGGAUCCUCACUGUAAACUGGAGAAACUGAGGUUAAGUGAUUGUGAUAUCACAGCUGAAGGCUGUGCUGCUCUGGCUUCAGUUCUGAGAUCAAACCCCUCACACCUGAGAGAACUGGAUCUGACUGCGAAUAAUCUAGGAGACAAAAGUGUGAAGUUGCUCUCCGCUGGACUGAAAUGUCCUCACUGCAAACUGGAGACACUAAAGUUGUGGGAUUGUGAUAUCACAGAUACAAGUUGUGCUGUUCUGGCUUCAGCUCUGAGAUCAAACCCCUCACACCUGAGAGAACUCAAUCUGUUGGGGAAUAAACUAGGAUAUAGAGGUUUAAAGCUGCUCUCUGUUUUAAAAGAUCAACCACUGUAUAAACUAGAGACACUGCUGUAUUAAAUGAUGGUUAAUAUGGGGCCAAUACAGGGACAUUCUCAUCAAAACCGAAGUCACGGUGACCUCACUGGUGUGUUUGUGGUAUUUCUAUUAAUGACUUUACUGUAUAUAAUUGGAAAUAUUACGUUUUUGUGUACAAUCUAUUAAAAUCUUCCUCCCA